AUGCCCGAACAGGACAGCAGCAAAGAUGCAGACCCCAGGGAGAUAGAGGCAAACCCUCUAGCCGGCCAGACAUACCAACCGGUUACGGAAAUAAGCCCAGCGUUUGGUGAUCCAGAUCUGGCACCGUUCUGGGAUCAGAUGGAGGGUUUGGGUGAAGUAAACCCUGACGACUUGAGCCACCACCUCCACCCAUAUGAUGUCGGGGAUUCGUCCAACUUUCUGGAGGCAAGCACUCUCAACGAUACUUUGGACGGCCAGUAUGAUCUCGGCCGUGACUUUAUCAGCGCACCGCAGACUAGUGACGGGCCUUCCAUGAGGCAUCCAACAGAGAACAGUAUUUCGGACUCUUCCCUCCCCCGCAUUAGAGACAGGGGCACCCCGAACGGGAAGGUGUCCAGCAUCGACUUGCUGACUAGAAAAGACUUGCGCCUAGCUCGCCUGCAGCAAUCUACACUACCGGGCGUUUUCGUCAGCAAAAACGAGGCGGCCACCAGUUACAUAGGUUUCAAUUCUGUCGGUGCAACAUUAGGGCUGUGUAUCAAAGAUGCCCUUGAAAGCCAGCAACUCCCUCUGAAGAGCAGUUCACUUGGCUUUUUGAUCGAGGCGAGCGCGCACAUCAGCCAUGGAAUUAGGUCGUCGUCACUGUCCGACUUCUUAUUGCAAGACUUGCUUCCUCAUCAGCUGGCAUUAAAGUAUAGCAAAGGUAAUGCGCGGUUCCAAAAUCUAGCUAAUCUUGUUGCUGAGCUGAGAAAAUUUUGCCAUGGAACAGCAUAUCUCCGUAAUAUCAACGCCUUCUACCCAGUUGUCGACGAGGCUUCAUAUCCAGAGCAGAUGGAACGAUUUUAUACCGCUGAGCGAUCAAGUCUGGGGAUCCUUGAUCACUGUAUAUUUUUCCUCAUUGUCUCGAUCGGGGCAACGUCCCUUGGGGAACGCCCCGACCACACCGACGAAAUCAAGGCCGUAUAUCAAAGAGCUUCAUCUUUGUUUCACGAUUGCGUAGUUGAUCCUUCCGAAUCGUCGCUUCAAGUCGUUUUGCUACAUACUCUUUAUCAACUUUGCAACGGACAUUGCGGAGUGGCAUGGACCUUCUGCGGGCUGGCAAUUCGCACCGCUCAAUCCAUGGGGCUACAUCGAAAGAGUCCGAUGGAAAUGGAAUUGCCCGAUCAUCAGCUACGCCUGCGGUCUUGGCUCUGGUGGAUCACUCUUGAUCUUGAUGCAAACAUCUCCCUAAUCCAAGGCCGUCCACCUGGGAUUAUUCACAAUUUUGAGGAACGAAAUAUGAGUGUCUUACACCCGUCACUCGAUGAGAAUGACCAAUCAAGCCUCAAUCUUAUGCAGAUAUACGGAUGGAAAUAUAAAAUCAGCCAAAUGCAGAACCGUUUCUGCAACACAAUGAACUCGACAGAGCGCACGGAUGAGAUGGUAGAUGCUAUUCAUAAAAUCGAUCGAGACCUCACGGCUUGGUCUGAUGCCCUACCAGCUGCUUGCCGUCCUAAGAAGCCGAUACUUGCGCCAAUUCAUCUGCGCCUGCAUAUACUUGUCCUCCAUUUGGAUUACUUCAGUCUUGUCCGCUCCAUUCAUUGGGCAGCGAUCUCCCUCGUAGCGGGACUAAAUGACGAACACAUCGGUCAGAAUCAUGUUUCGGCUCCAGACAGCGAGGCUUUGUGUGUCGAUGCCACAAGAUCCUAUAUCAGAUCUUUGAACGAGAACAUGGACGAUGCAAAAAAGUCCAACAUGUUUAUCCUCAUGCUCCAAAACGCCAACUGUCUCGCGUCUAUUGGCAUCUUGUACCGGAACAUAAUGAAGAACCCAUCACAAGUCUCGGCAAGGGCAGAUCUGGAAUACAUACGAGCGGGUAAAGCACACCUCGAGUGUCAUAUACCCAGAACCAUGGACCGCUCUUCAGCCGCCAUGGUUGAACACAUGUUGUCUUCUAGUCACGCUCUCGUGUGGAACAGUAAUCCAUGCUCUUCGGGCACCAGCUACAUGGCUAAUCUUUGA